AUGAAUUUAACUAUACUAUUGGUUACAGUUAUUUCACUUAUAGUUAUUACAUUAACAAGUGGUAGUGAAGUAUCUCAUUUGAGAAAACCAAAAGCGCCGCUAAAACCGGUACCGAAAUCGUUGACCGAAGCAUUUGCCGAUUUUUUGGGACACAUAUCCUUUCACGUAGUGGCCGCUACACUAUCACCUGUCAUACUAAARGUGGCAUUAAUGCCAUUGUUUGUUAUAUUGAAGUUUAUAUCCACACCGUUAAUAAUGAUCGGACUGACUGGCUAUCUAAUGGUGGCCACCACUGCCCUAACAUUAGUCAAAUCGGGUAUGAUGAGUCCCGUAUUUGACGCCCGAUCGGCCGAGUCGGACAGCUUUUUAUCAUCAAUGGGAGAGCUAUUGUCUACAAAUCUAUCGACAAUUACCACCGAAAUGAUGAACUUCUUUGAGCUAAACAACAACGACUGUAAAAUGGAGAUGACCUGUCGUUUUGGCAAACGUAUGGCCCAUACUAUACCAUACGUACAGUACUUUCUCGCACAGUCCGGUGCGGCCAACUGGAUUGAAAACCCGUAUAUCUCACAUAUGGUCCGUGCAAUGACCGGCCAGAUUGACUGUCCCCGUAAGUGUAGAUCCAUGCAAACCGAUGGCGACAGGUAUGCCUCCACUAGCUAUACAUCCGAUGAUGGAAACGCCGCCGACACUGUAUUUCAAUGGUUGGGAUAA